GUACCGUGCCCUUUUCUCUCGCAGUGUGACUCCUCUUGUGAAAUCAUUUGUCCCUCAGACCAAACCAACCCAUCUCUUCCGCAACAUGUCUGCCGUCAAGACGUCUCACUUGCCCAACGAGGAUCUCCAGGCCUCUAAGCUCUUUGAUGUCUCUCACAUUGUCGCUGUCGUGACGGGCGGCGGUACAGGUAUUGGUCUUAUGAUCGCACAAGCUCUUCAGUCCAACGGCGCCAAAGUCUACAUCACCGGCCGCCGAGAAGAAGCCCUCGACGCUGUGGUUAAGCAGUACAGCAAGGGUCCCGGCAGCAUCCACGCUCUUCCAGGCGACAUCACCAAGAAGGAUGAAUGUAUCAGGCUUGCCGAGGAGGUGGGCAAGAACGAGUCAAAGGGUGUCCACCUGCUAGUCAACAACGCCGGCAUCGCACGGGACGACCACACCAAAUUCUCCAAGAACGGCCAGCCCGACAUGAAAUCCGCCGAGAGCAUCUCGAAGCACAUGCUCAAGUCUGAGGUCUCGGACUGGCAAGACACCUUCGAGACCAACAUCACCGCUCAGUUCUUCAUGUCCGCGGCAUUCCUGCCGUUGCUCGCCAAAGGACGUAAUGUCACGCCUGGAUAUACCUCCAGCAUCGUCAACAUCACCAGCAUCAGUGGUCUCAUGAAGGGCUCGAGCAGUGGGCAGUUUGCCUAUGCUACGAGCAAGGCCGGCUUCGUGCACUUGACCCGGAUGCUGGCGACGACGCUUGCUGAGACGGGAGUCCGUGUGAAUCAGAUUGCGCCGGGCAUCUUCCCGAGUGAGAUGACGACAGGAGAAAGCGACGAGACCCAGAAGAGCGAGUUGAGUUCGGAGAUGAGUAAUCCUGCUGGACGUGGCGGCGGUGAUGCAGAUAUGGCUGCGACGAUUUUGUAUCUGGUCGGCAAGGGUGGAUUGUUCUUGAACAACCAGCUCAUCCACCCCGAGGGCGGUCAAUUGUUGGUUGCGCCGGCUGCUAUUUAAGGACGACGUCGAGCCGAAUGGAGAAAUGCCAACCACCGUGACGUGGACAUAACGAGGACCACGAAUAGUUAUUCACCCAAUACUCCAUGGAAGGAGGAUUGACCUGCAUAGAGCAGAAGAGAGGAAUAGCAGAAGAGAGGAAUAGCAAAAGCAACGUGUUCAGAGACGGGACUUGAAAAGGCAGGGAGAUAUCA